GCAUAGUUGGACGCGACGGAGAAGAGAGGAGGAAAGAAAAAAAGGGGUCAAGGAAGGAAAGGACCUGUAAUAAAAUUCAGCUUUGUACUCUUGGCGCCAAUGCGACCAAAACAGAAAUAAAACGUCUUAAUAUUAAUAGAUGUUCUUAAGGCAAUUUUGCCUAGUUUGAGGACGUCUCUCAGCACUCGGCCGGUGCUAGCCAGCAGAUAUAGCCUCGUUAGCACACUGAGUCUAUCAUUGUCCUAAUAAUCUGGCCGCUUCUGUCAUUUUUCAAAGCACAAUAGAGGCGCGUUUUUCCACGGCGGCCGAUAAAACAGCCACGAAAUGGGGAGGAAGUCCAACAGAGCAAAGGAGAAGAAGGCCCGGCGACUAGAGGAACGGGCAGCUAUGGAUGCUGUCUGUGCCAAGGUGGAUGCAGCCAAUAAGCUUGCUGACCCUCUGGCAGCUUUCCCAGCCUUCAAGAAGUACGACAGAAACGAACUCAACCUGCAGAUAGAGUGUAAGCGAGUGACCGCCCUGAACCCGCUGUCUGUGGAGUGGGCCUUUGAACUCACCAGAGCCAACAUGCAGACACUGUACGAGCAGAGCGAGUGGGGAUGGAAGGAGAGAGAAAAAAGAGAGGAGAUGAACGAUGAAAGGGCAUGGUACUUGCUGGCUCGCGAUGCAGACUCUGCCCCCGUAGCCUUUUCUCACUUCCGUUUCGAUGUUGAGUGUGGGGAGGAAGUGCUUUAUUGUUAUGAGGUGCAGUUGGAGAGCAGAGUGCGAAGGAAAGGACUGGGCAAAUUCCUCAUUCAAAUACUACAGCUUAUCGCAAACAGUACACAGAUGAAGAAAGUGAUGUUGACAGUUUUUAAACACAACCAUGGAGCUUACCAGUUCUUCAGAGACGCAUUACAGUUUGAGAUCGACGAGACCUCGCCGAGCAUGUCCGGCUGCUGCGGGGACGACUGCUCUUAUGAGAUCCUUAGCCGGCGGACCAAACACGGUGAGGUGUCAGCUGGUCACACCCACGGGGGUGGGCACUGCGGAGGCUGCUGUCACUGAUCCGCUGCAGCGACCCCGCCCAUUGGUUCGUAAAAGCCAGCAAGUGUCAUGCCUGUGUGUGAUAUCUGGAGCUGCCUCUUAGUUCACAAACUUUUUGAUUUGGAAUGACAGUUAAAAAAAUAAAUCAUUGGUGGAAUGCACCAUAUUUGGUUAUAGAUAUUGAUGUUUCAUAAUAUUUUUUUAAUGCAUUCCUGCAUAAGCAGGAAAAGCAGUGUGAGCUUUCACACAAAGCUCUUUUUUUUUUCAUGGUUUGUUCAAUCCAUCUUUUCCCAUUCUUUCAUCCCAGUUAAUGACAAUUAGGAAUUCCCAGUUAAUAAAAUGCUGAUGUGUUGCUGACGUUCUCUGAGCAUUCAUCUCACCCCCUUUUGUGCUGUACCGAUUCAUUCUACAGUGCAGUUAAGCUAUUUUUAAACAGAAUGGGCUGAUGUUCUGGGGGAUGUUUAACAGAAAGUCAGUGUAUCAGGUCACAACCCACGUUUCUGAAGACAAAUAGUGAUUGAGGUUUGAAUCAGUGAAUAGAUACUAAGCAGGUUGCAUAGGACUUUAAAGACAGGAAUUUUCUGUAAUACAUUCCCCAGUUAUUUUUGGGCUGUUGUGCUGAGACUGUGCUGUUACAUUAAACCAGGGUAUCAGUAAAGUAAAGUGGCGGAAUGAUCUGAGAAGCCGUUUCACCUGUUGAACUGCAAAUAUGUUUUGUUUUCGGCAGCAAGUACAUUGUGUCUGUUGUGGCCGUGAAGUGUAAAACAGUUUACAAAAAAGGAAACGCAUCACCAUUUCAACAAACCACAAUUGAAAAUCUGAUAUCAUUACAUCAGUAAAGCACUAUCUUGUUUGAACCUGAGAAGUUCCCAGCAUUUUAGUGUUUGUGAAUUGUAGUUUUGCU